AUGGGUCUGGGUGUUUUAGAUACCAGGACAGAGCAUGUUCCAGGUACCGCGAAUAUCUACGAGCGGGAUGACAGGAACGACCACACGGACACCGUGGGUGUGAAACAUGACUGGACUACCAAAGAGCCGACGAUCUUGGUUCCCCAGCCGAGUGACGACCCCAACGAUCCGUUGAACUGGCCGUUAUGGAGGCGCGACCUUAUUCUUGCCAUUCUCUCGUUCGUGACCGUGCUCUGCACCACGCUUACCUCCAUCCUGGCCGCGAAUACGGUCAAAAUUGCCGAGGUCGUCCAAAUUACUUUUGUUGAGGCCGCUUUGCUCACCGGCUACCAUCUUUGUGGCGUGGGCGUGGCUGGGAUUCUCAUUGUGCCCACGGCCCGAAUUUGGGGCAAGCGCCAUCUAUUCUUGCUCGGACAUGUUUUGAUGAUUGUGAGCUGCGCCUGGGCCGGUGGGAGUGGCACGAAUCACAAAAGUCUGCUGUGGGCUCGGAUCUUCCAAGGAGUAGCUCUGGCCCCCUUUGAGGGGCUGGUCAACGCCUGUGUCGGGGAUCUUUACUUCGUCCAUGAGCGAGGCAAACGGAUGGCAGUAUCCAACGUAGCCCUCUUUGGGGCAGCAUUCUUGACGCCAGUCAUUGUGGGAAAAAUGACGGUGACCAUGGGAUGGGAGUGGUCGUUCUACUUCGUCGCCAUUUUUCUGGCCGCUUCGUUGCCUUUGAUGAUCUUCUUUGUGCCGGAGACUGCAUAUCGGCGAGCCGACUAUCUCAACACCGAUUUCAAGCAUAAAUCUGCACACAGCGAGUCCACCGACUCCCACCAACCGCUCAGUGAUCCUGUCACCGAGGAGUCCAAGGCCUUUGUUCCCGGAACCGGGAACUUCAAUGGAACUUCGCGAACGGAGGUGUCGGCGACCCCAAUUCCCGAGAAGGAUUCAUUCAUUCGAUCUCUUCGACUCUUCACUGGACGCAAGACCGACGAGAAAUUCUGGAAGUUGCUACUACGUCCAUUUCCUCUGUUUCUGCAUCCCGGUAUCCUCUGGGUAGGCACUGUUUUCGGUCCAUUGAACCCGACAAAUUGUGAUGCUGACCAUCAAUUCCAGGCUUGCUUGAUUCAAGGUGUAGUCAUCGGCUGGACCGUCUUCAUCGGUGUCAUCCUGGCACUUGUUUUCGAGGGCCCGCCUCUUUGGUUCCACGAAGACCAGACAGGCUACCUAUACACCGGAGCCUUCAUUGGGUCCAUGAUCGGUCUCGUUCUUUCCGGGGUCCUGACCGAUUUCAUGACCAAGAUGAUGGUUAAACUCAACCACGGCAAAUAUGAGCCCGAGUUCCGCAUUCUGCUAGUCAUCUUCCAGUUGGUCUUUGCCUGCAUGGGUCUCUAUGGUUUUGGAUGGACGGCCGGGAAUAUAACGAAGUAUCACUGGCUGCUUCCAGAUGUCUUCUUUGCCUUUCUUAUCAUCGGCAUGGUCAUGGGCGCCGUGGCAGCGUCGCUUUACAUUGUCGACGCACAUCGUGAAAUCGCUAUCGAGGCUUUUACAUGUCUGCUAAUUUUCAAGAACAUGUUCAGCUUUGUGCUUACUUUCUUCGCCUACGGAUGGAUGGCAUAUGGUGGCGUGAAGCACACCAUGACCGUUAUCGGGAGCAUCCAAGUGGGCAUCUGCUGCUUGAGUAUUCCCAUGUAUAUUUUCGGCAAGUGGAAUCGGUCCUUCUUUGCGCGCCACGAUAUCCUCGAAAUGCUACACCUCCGGUGA